AUGUCUGCCGAAGAGGAUGUUGUAAGUAACAGUGUCACGAUUCAUAAGCAUUUGCAACGAUUGAAAACUGAAGUGAAAGAAUUGUUUACUUUACGUCCCAAAGAAUGGCUUAGUGCAUUUCGUCCUAAUCCACAAUAUCCACUAUUCGUUCGUGGUGAUAUUGAUGGUUUCGUAGCAUUCUUCAUCAAUAGUUUAUCUACAUUGCUAGCUGUUAUAUUGAGUCUCCAACCGAUUCUCGGCAAUGAUAUUGUCUAUGGAAAAAUUGUACCUGGAACCGCUGUAGCUAUGUUAUGGGGUAAUUUUUACUAUGUCUACAUGGCUCGAAAACUUGCCUAUAAGGAAAAGCGCGGAGAUGUCUGUGCAAUGCCAUAUGGUGUAUGUACACCAGGUGCAUUUGCUUUUAUUUACGUCAUUAUUGCGCCGACCUACUACGGAUGCAUAGGUACACAUGAAAAACGUUAUUGUCAAGAAUUAGCUUGGUACGUGGCGCUAGCCAGUAAUUUCAUUACUGGUGUAGUUCUUAUUCUACUUUGUAUCUUUGGAGAAUUUAUUCGAAGAAACACGCCUAGUGUAGCUUUGUUAUCAUCGAUAUCCGGUCUUGGAUUUGUUAUAUUGGCUCUGAAUGAAUACUUACCUAUUACAGAAACGCCGAUCGUUGCCUUUCUACCGUUUUUUAUUGUUAUGCUAGGGUAUUUCGGUGGAGCUGGUUAUGGCCCAGUUCCAAUUACGUUGGUUGCUUUAUUAACAGGUACCGCACUUGGCUGGAUAACUUCUGUUAACAAAGGAUCCAAUGUACGUGAUGCAGUUGAUCUUGUCAAAGCUUACGCACCAGUUUUUCCUAUUAAAGAAAUGUUUGAACAGAUCGAUACGAUUGGUUUGUAUCUCUCAACGACGAUUCCAACAGCUAUUGCUAUCGCUAUUGGAACAAUUCAAUGUGUGGAAACAGCAAAACGAGCUGGAGAUUUCUAUCCUACACGUGAAGCAAUGUUCGUGGAUGGAAUUGGAACAUUGAUAGCAACAUUUUUUGGAUCGAUUCUUACUAUGACAGCCUAUAUUGGUCAACCAGCCAUGAAAAAAAUGGGUGCUAGACAAGCGUAUUCGAUCGUUCAUGGCCUUGUCUAUAUGCCUCUAUGCUUCUUCGGUUUCAGCGGCAUGCUAAUGUCUAUUAUUGCUGUGGCAGCAAUCAAUCCUAUGGUGAUUUUUAUAGGUUUAAUUAUCUGUGCUGAUACACUAGCGAUUACUCCUCAACGUCAUUAUCCUGCUUUUCUACUUGGUACAAUGUCAGUUGUUGCCGAUUGGGCACAGGGAACAAUUGCUAAUGGUGUCUCGAAUGCGUACGCCAACUUCACUCUUCCAAAUGUUCAAUUCUCACCGAAUGUUACUUCCGCUAUAACCGGUUUUUCUUACCGUGGCCUGGUGAAUUUCGCUGGUGGAUCGUUAUUGCAAAGCGUUUUUCUUACUGCUAUUUUGAUGUAUAUAAUCGACAGAAAAUUUCUUCGAGCUGCGGUUUGGUCAUCAAUGGCAGCUUUCUUUUCUUUAUUUGGUUUAAUUAAUGCAAAGAAUGUUGGAUUAUUGGUAAACAAAGCCGAUGACGGGUGGAAAUUUACAGUUGCAUAUUCCAUGCUAGUCGUUUUCUUUCUUUUAUUGGAAAUUCUUCAGAGACGACGUUGGAUCAAACAACAAGAAACAGAACCGGAUGAUCUGUCAACCAUCGAAUGGGCAGAAUGGAAAAGGCAACAAGCAUUAGAAGGAUUGAAUGGGGAGGAAAUACUAAACUCCGCUGCUUAG